UGCCGCUGCGCGCGCACCUGUCAAACCAAAAUAUUGAUCUGUCACAACAUCACGAAUUCGACGUGUUAAGCAGAAUGUCAUCUAAAAACGACAAAUAAAACCAGUUGUCCCGCUGUAAAUUGUUUUGAGUGACAUAUGGGGGAAAUAUCUACAGAGAACGGAAUGGAUCGCUGGACCUGUCCGAACGAUCGGCAAUUGGCGCUUAGAGCUAAACUGGGUGCAGGAUGGUCUGUGCACACGAACAAGUUCAGCUCAUUCCAAAAAGCCCAACACCUGAGUGCAGAGGAACAGGAACAGAUAAUGAAUGUGAUACAGAAGGCAGAUUAUCUCGAGUCAGUCGAACAGGAGAGAAUUGGUCGACUAGUAGAAAAGCUGGACAACAUGAAGAAAAACGCAAUGGGAAAUGGAACGACACAGUGUGUUUUAUGUGGUGACGAAUUCGGACUCCUGGGAGCAUCACCCACUUACUGUGACGACUGUCGAAAGGCGGUCUGUACAAAGUGCGGGGUGGACACGCUAAAUUGCAAUCGACAGCCACUCUGGUUAUGUAAAAUCUGCAGUGAAAAUCGAGAGGUAUGGAAGCGAUCGGGUGCAUGGUUUUUUAAAGGCCUGCCAAAAUAUGUCAUACCAGAGAAGAAAUCUGAAAGCAGUAAGCUGGGGGUAAAGAGCAAGCCAGAAUACCGGGGAACACCUAGGGCUCAAACUGGAGCUGUACAGACCUACAACAACUGGAGUAGGGGUCGGGGCAGUCAAGGUACAAGCUAUGGGGAGAGCAGCGAACAUGACUCCGAGAGCAGCUCGGACGAUGACGUCAGUAUUGGUCGACGGAAAGGACGCAAAGGCUCGGGUGAGAGUGAUGCUGGUAGUUUGGCCAGUAGCCAAAGUGGCCACAUUUAUUCUGGUGGUCAAACACGGGAGAGCAAGACCAGUGUAAGUAGUGACCGAUACACCACUGACCGCCAUUCCUUUGACAGACAGCGUGGAAAUGACCCCCACAGUGGAGAUAAGCAAUAUAGUGCUGACCGGUACAGCAAUGACCGUUAUAAUUCUGACCGACAACAAAGUGGAGAUCGUUAUGGCACUGAACGGUGUUCUAGUGACCGUUAUGGACAAUCACAGCACAUUGCGUCAGAAAGCAGUCGGGAAGAAUUUCAUGACGAGCCUGAGGAAACUACAGGAGGCUUCAGUCAUCACCAUCCCAUCAAUGUGCCCCACCCCCUCUCCAUCCCCAAGCAACAAGGCAAGGCUCCAAGCCCCCGGGGUGAGGAUGGGGAUAUUGAUGUGGCGUUUACGAAGUAUGCUCACGGAGACAUUGAGGAAGAUGACGCCCCCUCGUCACCUGACAGUGAGGGAGGCAACCUCGGAGCUCUGGAGUUCUCCCUGCAAUAUGACACUGCUGAACAGAGGUUACACUGCACCAUUCACAAAGCAAGGGCCCUGAAGGCCAUGGAUUCUAACGGCCUAUCUGAUCCUUAUGUCAAACUUCACCUGCUGCCUGGCGCUACAAAGGCCACAAAAUUAAGGACAAAGACAAUCCACAAGACCUUGAAUCCACAGUGGAAUGAAACUCUCACAUACCAUGGGAUAACCGAAGAAGAUCUGCUCAAGAAAACACUAAGACUAUCAGUAUUAGACGAGGAUGCCUUCAGCUACGAUUUCAUUGGGGAAACUCGCGUGGAGCUACAUCGGUUAAAGAAUAACCACACAAAACAUUUUAGUGUCUACUUGGAAAACCAACAUCCAACAGAGCAAGGUGAUGACCUACUAACGAAUGAUCGCGGGAAGGUCCUUUUGGCCCUGAAGUACUCCACAGCCAAGCAGGCACUGGUAGUCGGGGUAAUACGCUGCUCAGGACUCGCCGCCAUGGAUUCCAACGGCUACUCCGAUCCCUUUGUCAAACUGUACUUGAAGCCAGACCGAGACAAGAAAUCCAAGUUCAAGACAGUCUGUAAGAAGAAAACGCUGAAUCCAGAAUACAAUGAGGAGUUUGUCUACCAUAUCAAGCACAACGAAUGUGCCAAGAAAUACCUUGAAAUCACUGUCUGGGACAAAGACCUGGGGAAAAAUGACUUCAUAGGUGGAGUACAGCUGGGUGUAAAUUCCAAGGGAGAACGUCUGAAACACUGGUUUGAAGCCCUGAAAUACCCGGACCAGAAGUACGAGCGCUGGCACACCCUGUCUGCGGAACUGGUCCCAGAGGUCUAGUCAAUGUUGUUGUUGAUGUUGUGAUUGGUACUGCCAGAUGAUUGAGGCGGAGGGGAAAAGCCAUAUUGCAGCGAAGUUAUGGGGACUGACUGAACUUCUACUUGAAGCCCAUUGGAUUAACACAUAGAUGAUUGACCAAAUCUUCUCAAACGAUUUGUCAGUGUUACAAUUCAGACAGUUCAGUUGCAAGCACUAGUCCAAAUUUUAUAGCCUUAGUACCAUUUUAGCCUUGUUUUUCUGUUGGCAAUUGCAAAAAAACUUUGUUUGCUGUUACCUGAAAGAUAUUCAAUGACAAUGACAGUUCACAUACAUGUGUGAGUAGCAUGGCUAAGCAGGAGGCCCAUGAUCUCCACGAAAUGUUUUUUGAGUUAUGUCCCUUUACCAACUGAGAGAAAAAAAACUACUAGUGUUUGCACCGGCUUGCAUUUCUAGGGUGCUGGGGGAAAAAAGGCAGUACAUUGUAUUGGGCAUUGAAUAAUAAAAGCACUAUGAAUUUCAUUUGAAAUGUUAGAAAAGGUUUUAACUACUGAACAAUUAUGUAGUUUGUUUGAAUUCAUAAUCAUAAUUUAAGUUUUACUAAAAGAAGAAAUCUUUGAAAUCCCUUAAGCAUUAAAUUAUUUGAAGUUAUGUGGGUGCGCAUUCUGGUCUCUAUGAGGGCAGAAGGGUGCUUCCACAGAAAGAAAGGGUGCAGCACCCUCCCAUAACCCGAUAGCCAAAACCCUAGCAGUUCUGUUGUGAAGAAUGCUGAUUAGAGGGGACUGGAUUGCCUUUUAAAAUAUGAAUGCAAUUAAUGCUUUGUGACAAAUAUUUAGUUCUUUAAAGCUGAUCAGUAUGGAUGAAUACACUGGUGUCAGCCACUUAGCUUGGACUCUAAAAUAUGGCCCUUCAGUCCUUUGAUAUUGUUAAUAUUAUGAAUUUAUGACAUUUCAUUGCAUUUCUAGAAGUUUUACCUGAAAAUAUAUAAUGAUAUAUUUAGAUAUAUAAUAGAAAAGGUGAUCAUGUCCAAUAAUCCCAAAAACCACAACAACCCUAAACAAUGUCAAAUGUUUCCUAAAAUAUUUGACAAAAUCACACAGUGCCAGAAAGGUAAAAGAUUGAACUACAAGAAAAAUAUAUUAACUAGUUCCUGCAGUGUUUUGUGGGAUUUCUGGCUAUGAUCACCUUGUCUAUUCUAUAUAUAUAUAUAUAUAUAUAUAUAUAUAUAUAU